GACCAAGAGAGUUGGCAGGAGAAAAGAGAGCUAACAGCUCGUGAGAGCUGAGAGCUAACGUACCCCAGCCACAAAUCCGGCCCAGCGCAGGAGCAAAGCGAGCUGGCAAGAGCUCGUGCUGUCGCGGCUGCCCAGCAACAUACCAUGCAUCCACACCAUGAGUAAGGCAGCAUAGAUCAUGGGCAAGCGUAGGAUGUCGCGGGAGGCCGCCCUAGAGGCGCUGGGCGUGGCCCGAGACGCGCCGCCCGAGGACGUGCGCCGGGCCUACCACCGGAAGGCCCUCGCGAGUCACCCCGACAAGGGCGGCAGCGCGGCGGCCUUCCAGCAGGUCAAGGAGGCCUUCGAGGUCGCGAAGCGGCCGGCGGUCGCGCCGGCGGUCGCCGCCGCGCGUGCCGCGGCCGCUGCGCCGGCGCCGGCGCCAGCGGCGCCGACCUCGACCGCCCACGCCACGCUGGGCGGCCAGGCGGGCUACGCGCGCGUCUUCCGCUGCUACGUCUGCGGCGAGGCUUUUCCGUCCAAACGGCGGCUGCAGCACCACACGCGCACGGAGCACGCGGCGCCCGACGCGCCCGCGGCGCCGGCGAAGCGCCUCGUCAACGGCCGCUGCAACACGUGCGGCUGGAAGACGUGCCAGUGCGAGACGGCCCCGGUCUGGGCGGCGGCGCCGCCGCCGCGCCGCCGCCGCAGCGCGCCCGACCGGCCGGCCGACAAGAGGCAGGAGUGGUUCAUGCGCGUGCGCGACCGCUACGAAAGGCGGGGCGGGUCGAUGGACGACGUCUCCGUGCCGCCGUGCCUGUCGGACGACCGGCGCUCGGCCAAUCGCGUGGUGGAGGAACAGGUCCUACUACUACGGCAAAUGGGCUUUUCGAAAGCACAUGCUGAGGCCUAUGCGGACGCGGAGCUGCAGCUCCACGUGAUUCUGGACGUCAUGUGCGACGACGGCGUGGAGGGCGAGGACCCGCCGCCGCCCGGACCCGUCGCCCGCGCGAUGAGCCGCCUCCUCCGCGCGGUGACCUGGUCUCGGAAGCAGAAGAAGCGCGAUACGCAAGAGGAGAGCGACGACGAGACCUGGACGCCCGCGUCGGAUUUUGCCUUUGCCUGCGGUCCCGAGCUCAAUCGCGAAAAGUGGAAUGCCAAGCGGGCGACGAGCAAAAACGUCCCGGCCAACGGCGCGCGAAUGAAGAAGCUGAUCGCCGCGGCGCCGGAGACGUGGAAGAAGAUGCCGGUGCCGAAGACUGCGCCGGAGCAGGUCGCCGCGCUCGUGGCCCUGGGCUUCUCGGCCGCGGACGCGGAGCCCUACGCCGACGCGGCCCUCUCGCUCGACCAGAUCCUCGAUCAUAUGUGCGCCGACGGCGUUGUGCGUGUGUAA